AAACAAGGAACUACAACAACACAACACAAACAUGGCGUCCUCCUCGAGGCUCAUAUCAAGGUUGGCGCUCGUCACAGGUGGAGGCAGUGGGAUUGGGCGAGCCGUGUGCCAGCGUUUUGCCUCGGAGGGCGCAACUGUCAUAGUGGCAGAUCUAAACCAAGAUGCUGCAGUGGAAACUGUGGAUGCCCUGCAGAGGGGGCAGAAGGGGCUGGAGCACAUGGCAGGGCAGAUAGACGUCUCAUCAAAGGACAGUGUCAAGAAACUAAUCACUCGAAUCCAGACUUGUUAUUUCCAGCCUCCGUCCGUGUGUGUGAACGCAGCAGGCAUUACUCAGGACGACUUUCUGCUCAGCCUAGAAGAAGAGCACUUUGACAAAGUGAUCCAGGUUAACCUGAAGGGCACGUUCUUGGUGACUCAGGCUGUGGCUCAGGCCCUAGUGGCCUGUGGAGCUCCUAAAGGAUCCAUCAUCAAUAUGGGCAGCAUUGUGGGAAAGGUGGGAAAUAUUGGACAAGCAAAUUAUUCUGCCUCGAAAGCUGGAGUCGAAGGUUUAACCAGGACAGCAGCCAAAGAACUCAGCAAAUUUGGGAUAAGAUGUAAUUGUGUUCUACCUGGGUUUAUUACAACUCCAAUGACAGAUAAAGUUCCUGAUAAGGUUAUAAACAAGUUGUUAACAUUGGUGCCUUUGGGAAGAAUGGGUGAGCCUGCAGAGGUCGCUGAUGUAUGUGCCUUUUUAGCUUCAGAUGACUCCAGAUACAUCACAGGGACAAGCAUUGAAGUCACAGGUGGACUGUUUAUUGGAUGAAACUGAAGUCUUCCAUCUCUGUCAAAUCUUAAACUAUUCUAAAUAUUUUCCAAAAAAAUGUGUGUAAUUUCUAAUAAAAUCAUGUACAUAUUUCCAUGGACAGUGCAUUUC